AUGGGCUGCCCUUGCACAGAGCAUUUCUUCCUCAUCUUCUUUUCACUGAUCAUCAUCCUCCAAUAUGCUCCUGCAAGUGCUACUACCGCAGGCACCUCGUGCAGCACUUGCUUCUCUCGAACCAGGGCUGUUUACUAUUCCAACUCCGAACACCAAGGAACAGAAACCGGAGCAUGCGAGUACGGGGUCAUGGGAGCAACACUCUAUGGCGGGGAUGUCUCUGCAUCAGCAAAACUUUAUAGAGACGGGGUUGGUUGCGGUGCGUGCUAUCAGGUGAGAUGCACCAACAGGAGAUACUGCUCGAGAGAAGGUGUUUCUGUCGUCAUCACCGACCACGGAGCUAGCGACGGUGCAGAUUUUAUUCUCAGCAUGCAUGCGUUUGCUAACCUCGGCCAGAGCGCCUACGCCGGUACCUUGCUUGUGGCUCUUGGCGUCGUCGACGUCGAGUAUCGCCGGGUUUCUUGUAGCUAUCCAAACAAGAACAUAACCUUCAAGAUGGAUCACAGCGCAGACUUCCCCUACUACUUUGCCUUCCAAAUUUGGUUUCAGCAAGGAGACCGAGACAUAGUGGCAGUGCAGCUCUGUGAGACUGAGAGUUUAAGCUGUAAGUUGAUGGAGAGAAGCCAUGGAGCAGUAUGGGCCAUGGGAUCACCUCCAGAAGGACCACUCUCCGUCAGAAUGCUACUGAGCGGAGAAGAAGACAGAGUGGAGACGUGGUUAGUGCCGCCCAAUGACAUCCCAGAGUUUUGGAGAGCCAAUGAUGUGUACGACUCGGGGAUACAAGUGGAGUAG